CUGUUUGAAAAACGUGGCCUCUGUUCACACUUGGUCUCCGAAAUCGAGCUUCCUCCGCCGUCGGAGGCGGAAGUGCCCGGCCUUCCAGUCGUGCCUGGAGACGAUGUGACAUGUGAGGAUUUCGUCUUCCCGCCUGCCAACAGCCUCUUGACAGGUCGGCCUCUCACUCAGCUCCCCUUCAGCGUGACCCACGGCACCUCGUCUCUGCUUUUUCCGAGGGGUCGAAAGGUCAGAGACAACAAGACGGCGGCGGCGGCGUCGGGGGUGCUCUCGAACAGCAAACCUCCGAAUCAAAUGGUGGGCUUUGCUCCGGACGCCCUGAUUGAGGCACUCGAUGGCAGUGGUGAGACUGUCGUCCGUCUAGUUACCGCGGGCGUGGUACUGGCCAGCGUCGUCUGGGCAACGUUGGGGCCCGAAAGACAGGCAGCUGGAGGCGGAGGAGGAGGAGGAGCCGUACAGUCGGAGGCAAGAGGUGCACGGCAACUGGUGGACACGAAGACGCCUCGAGAGCGCAUCGGAUGGGCUAACGCGAACGGGGAUUUUGAAGAUUUCAACCUUAACGCUGCCGUUAUGCAAAGUGGAUGGAACAAGUAA